AAUCAAAUAAUUUCCAAUUGUGAAAUUUAUUCCAUUGAAUUUUAUUCACCUUAGAUCUUAUAAACAGAACGCACUUUUAAAAAAAUAUAAAUUAAUCACUAUGAAAAAUUAUAAUCCUUCUUUCACGCUACGAUCAUGAAUCCGGUUGGGGGGGAUUUGAAAAUCGAACUCAUUAGAUCGUUUGUCUAUUAUCAUCAAAAAAGUCCCGUGUUGUUAAUCCAUGGUCUUGUAUACUUCACGUUGCUUAGCAACCGGAUUAUGAACCCUUCUAUAGUUUAUCUUUUUUCUCUAUGGCUUAAAUUUACUCAAACCCCGUUACCACGACUCGUUUCAGUUUUCCAAUUUCAUCGUUAAAAGUUGGGAUAGAACUCCAGCUCUUGACCGAACGUUUCAAUGGCUACCUACAAAUAUUUCCAAUGAAUACAGAUAGAAUGGAAUCACUGCAAGAUGACGCCAUAACGAAAUUCCAGCUUGAAGCCAUUAAACAGUCUCUGAAAAAGAGUGAUACGUGGAACCAUUCAAUUUGUAUGGAAGAAUUGGAAGCUGCAGUGACGAAACUGUUGUUAGAAAAACAUGUAAUAAAUGAAACGAAUGAAAAACCUCAGCAACCUGAAAUAGUUGAGAUGAUUAACCAGCUUAUAUUAGAGUACAUAGAUCAUAUGGGAUAUAGUUUAACCAAAAAUGUAUUCAUAAAAGAAUCAGGAACAGAAUUGAAAAAUAAUGAAUAUAGAAAACAGAUAACUUCAAAAUUAGAUCUAGAAGACAACAAUGAAACUUUACGCCGGCCUCUCCUUCAAUUGUUAAUAUCUAUGUUUAAAAACAAAAAUGGAAUUAAAGAAGCUAUUUAGAUGAUUUUUCCUGACCUUUGAAUCUAGUUAUUACUUUAUAAGGAUCAUUUUACGAAUAACCCAACAAUUUUAAAAAUAAUUACGAAAAACUGAUUGAAAGUAACAGAAAAUGCCAAAUAUAUUACAGCUUGACUUAAACGAAAUCAAAUUUUUGUUUUCUUUAUAGCUCAAAAAAUGAUAAUCUUAGAGAUUUAAAAUUGUCAUUGGAUGC